AUGGCUUACAAUCUUCAACCACUCAUCACCAUCCUUCAACAAAUCUUGAAUCCUGAUCAACAAUCAUGCUGGAUUCUUGAUCACAACAAACCACAACUUCAAUCCCUCCUCGAAAAAGCUGCUUCUCUGCAGCAGAUUCUUGAAAAAACCUUGCACCCCAAAAUAGAAGGUUUAGAGAGUCAAAUUAGAGAAGCAGCACAUAAAGCAGAAGAUAUGAUUGAAUCACGCAUGGUUGAUCAAAUCCUUUCCAGCCCUCAAGGCGUGAGCUUUAUUUUUUCCACACCAGAUUUACAACAAGUAAUCCAACAACUUGAUUCUGUAAUGGAACAAGUGGUGAAGCUCGCGGAGGAGAAGAGGAUGUCGCGUGGCAGUUCAUCGAGUGGUGCUUCUUUGUCGCAUGAUCUGAUCAAUUCGAAGAGCAUUUUGGUGGGAGUUGAUGAAGAUCUGAUGCGGUUGAAGGAUCGGCUGCUCGGGAUGCGGAGGAAGCUGGAGAUUGUCCCCAUUCUUGGGAUGGGUGGCAUAGGUAAAACCACUCUCGCUCGAAAACUUUGUCAAGAUUCACUAAUUGUUGAGCACUUUAACUAUCUUGCUUACGUCACAAUCUCACAAGAUUACGAUAUGCGAGCAAUUCUAUUAGGCCUUCUACGUUGCAUAAUUGAAAAAGAUUUUGGAAAGGAAAAGGAAAAAAAACUGAAAGAUGUGCUAUAUAAGUGCUUGUACGGUAGAAGAUACUUGAUUGUACUAGAUGAUAUGUGGAGCACCGGUUUUUGGGAUGAGAUAAGGAUGUACUUCCCAGACAAUAGUAACGGGAGUCGAAUUGUGAUCACCACUAGGGAAUCAGAUGUCGCCAAAUAUGCAGACUCCAAGAGUUUCCAGCAUCAGGUGCAGUUGCUAAGCGAGUCUCAAAGUUGGGAUCUACUUCGCCAAAUUGUCUUUGGAGAAGAGGAUUGGCCUCAAGAAUUACAAGGGAUAGGAGAGAAGAUUGCAAGUGAUUGCGGUGGGCUUCCUCUUGCCAUCAAUGUGAUUGGAGGGCUCUUGUCUAGAGUGGAAAGAUCAAAAGAUGUUUGGGAGAAUAUUGGGAACAACGUAAGAGCUGCAAUUGCUGAUCAAUCAGACAAACAGUUCUCGAGUAUAUUUUCCUUAAGUUAUAACCAUUUGCCAGUUCACUUGAAACCAUGUUUCCUGUAUAUGGGUGCAUUCCCUGAAGAUUAUGAGAUCAAGGCCUCAAGACUCAUAUGUAUGUGGGUAGCUGAAGGAUUUGUGAAAUCAAAUGGAGAUAAAAGUUUGGAGGAAGAGGCAGAGGGUUACCUAAAGUCUCUCGUGGAGAGGAAUCUACUUUCUGUUGGACGUUGUAAGUAUGGAAAAGUAAACAGGUACAGCAUGCAUGAUCUUUUGAGAGAGGUAUGCAUGAGGAAAGCAGAUGAUGAGAAGUUUCUAUGCGUCAAGAAUGCCUCGGAGGUCACAUUCUCUGACCUGCGCCGUGUGAGUUUUCACACAUCAUAUGGAAUGGAAGAUUAUCAGUAUGCUUCAUCAGAGAUGUCACUUGCUCGAUCAUUUCUAGUCGGUGUCAGCUUGUACAUGGAUGAGGUUCUAAUUCCCCUGUUUUUCAGAUUAAGGUUGCUUAGGGUGUUGAAUGUAAUGGAAAUGGAAUUCUAUGAGUUCCCAAGAGAAAUAUUACAACUUGUCAACCUACGGUACUUAGCUGUCGACUGCCAUUCAUUACGUAGUGGAAUAUCAAGAUUGUGUAAUUUGCAGACGUUGAUUACUAAUCUAUCCGGACCAUCCGGUGACUAUGCCCCAUCUGACUUGUGGGAGAUGUCUGAGUUAAGACAUAUCAUAACUGGUGGCUUAAUCUUUAUUCAAGAUGAUUACAUGAAAAACAUUGUUAUGGAGAAGUUGCAGACGAUAUGGUUUGUGAGGCUAACUCCUUCGGUGAUUAGGGGUUUCUUGGAAAGAAUUCCAAAUAUAAAAAGCCUGGGAAUCCGAAUGUUUUAUGUUCAAGAAGAUGCAUUGUUGAGUGAAGUAGUUGAUCUGACCCAUCUUCAUAAACUCGAAACAUUUAGAUGCAUUUCUCGAUACAGUAGAUCUCUUCCUUGCUAUCUGCCCAGGCUGAAAUUUCCAUCCACUCUCAGAAAAUUAACUCUGAUAACCUGUCUAAUAAAUCCAGGAGUCUUGAGGAUUCUAUGUGCACUACCGAAUCUGGAAGUGCUCAAGAUACGCAACUGUGCCUUCAAAAGCAAGGACACAAAUGAAGAAUGCGAAGAAGCAGAUGAAGAGUGGGAAGCAGUGGAAGGAGAUGAAUUCAGCUCAUUGCAGUUUCUACUACUCGAACAAUUGAAUCUGGUGCGUUGGAGAGCUGAUGAAACCAACUUUCCUAUACUCCGACAUCUCAUGAUACGAAACUGUUGGGAGCUAGAGGAAAUCCCAGGCCGCAUUGGAGAAAUCCCAACCCUCCAAUUAAUCGAGUUGGAAGAUUGCAACGAUUCUACUAUGGCUUCAGCCAAACAGAUUCUGGAGGAGCAGCAAUCUGACUACGAAAACUACGACCUUCAACUUCGCAUCUCAUAG